AUGUUGCUGUCCAUGCACGGCUGCAGCUCUUCUCCCUGCAUUGUUAAUGUCAGUCCAUGAACUAUAAACUGCACAAAAAAACAGGAUUCAGACGAAUUAUUUAUGUAUCUAGACUUCUGACUGGUGCAUUCUCAGAACUCUUAUUUCAGAAUGAUGUAUGAUUGGCAUUUACUGGCGCUUGGCCUACCUGAGCUACAUACAAUGCAAUCAAUAUAAUUGAUUUCAAAGGGGAACGCCAUUUAUAUUUACUGAUGGCUCAGGAAGGUGCAUCCAUUUCUGGAAUAAAUGGCUGGAAAAUCUGGAAAGACUGUUGCCGCAAAAAUUAAAGAGGUUGACAGUAACCUUAUGUCUUUUUAUAUGCUGCCCCGACCCUGACCACUGGGGGCUGCCCUGACCCCGAACAGAGCUGUAACUUUAACUGUUCUAUUUCACAAUCUGAUCACUCGGCCAGCAGCUGAGCAACCCCAUUAUCUCAUUUCUGAUUGGCUGAUUGUAUUGGUUCCUAGAAAUAUGACAAUGUGCUCUCCAUCGAGCUUGUUUACAAAUAGACUGUUCAGUCCGGACUUUGACUGCAAGCACCCAGCUGUGUCUGUGGUAUGUAUGUGUGAUCCACCUUGAAUUUGAGUUUGCUGAUCAUUAUACAACAGAACAACUGAAGUUAUUUUCCCAUUCUUUUGGUGAUUAGUGAGCCGUUAAAAGGACUGAGAUAUCAGUUGUGAGGAGCCGUUCCAUGACAAUCUAAGGUGCGUCAUUCAGUGGGGGAACAAUGUGGGGAAGACUGUUUCGGCGAUCAGGGACACUGGCCUUCAAUGUGGUGAAAUAUGGGUGUCUGGCUCAUAUCAGUCUGGAGAUGAUUGGGGGUCCUAUCCAGUGUGAAGGUCCUUCCAUGCAACCAACGAUCCAAUCGAAUGAUUUCGUUCUAACUGAAGCCAUGAGUGUGAGAUGUUGGAAGAUUGGAAGAGGUGAUGUUGUCAUUAGCCAGUCCCCACUAAACCCCCACCAACAGAUCUGUAAGCGCGUCACUGCCACCGAGGGAGACAGGAUACGUUUAGGCAACAGUGAUUAUAGAUUCGUCCCAAAGGGUCAUGUCUGGCUGGAAGGCGACAAUAAAGAUAAUUCCAAAGACUCGCGUGAUUACGGGCCAGUGCCAAUGGGUCUUAUAAAACAGCGCGUCUUCCUUCGCGUUUGGCCACUUUUGAGUUUCAAACGUAUUAGCUCCCUGCCAGCAAGUGAAAACGUCGAUUGCUGUCCGUCGAAAAUUUACGCUAUGGAACCCUGGGAGAUUGGUUACGAUGACGCAGACAGGGAAGAAUCCGAAACAGGAGAAUGCGUUGAGGAUUUGGUGUGAAUAUCCGAGAUGGACGAUGGAAUUAACGUUUGUGUCCAAAAUUUGGAAAAAUAUGGCCAGUUCUGUAGAAUGGUGACUGUCUCCUUUACAUCCUAUAUCUUAAAUAGUAUGGCUUAUUUAUCUAAUGCUCAUAAUCAUCAUGUCAGUUUUGUAAAUUUGUUGCUCAAUGAAUAGGUUGUUGUAUACUCAAACACAUCCGAAUGGCUAGAAAAUCAAUGCCCUCUGCUGAAUCUUUUGCAAGUGUACUUCCACAAUCAGUGAAAGUCUGAUAUUUUUUGAUUUCGAGAGAAAGACUUGAGGAUGAAAGGUGUAUAAACUGGGCUUAGCACUUACAUGUUUGCCCCCUCACUUGCCCAGUUUAUGGAAAAAUAGCACAUUUGCAGUUGAAAAUGUUCUCAAAAAGUUUACAUACUGAUCAUCCAAUGGACUUCAAUCAACACCAUAGUCUUACAUGUAGGCAAAGAUAAGUUAGGCUGUACACCAGUCAGGUAUUCAAAUGGCUAUCUCCAUACGCCACAUAAGAACAUGUAGACCCAUGCACUUAUUGGGAAUAAUGUUUAUUAAGAACAGUGUACACCAUAACAUCAUGUCACAGUAUUGAGGAGGCCUCCAAGUCCAGUGCAUUGUGGCUUGAUGUUGUGACCAAAAUUUUGUAAACGUUGUUCCAAAUCAGUAGCAUGGCUCUAUAGAUACCUUUUUUUCUCCACUGGAGCCAAAGUAUUUGUUAUAAUAGUCUUUCAGACGUGACAAAACAGGGUAAAAGUAAGUCUCAAAGAAUAUCGUUUUUCAGUUGUUGGGAUUUUAUGGCCCAGUAUCAGUUUAUAUAACGAGAUGAAAAACUAUGUAAAUAUUGGAAAUAUGAUAUUGUGCAUGUUCAUUAAUCUAUAGUGGGGGGCUGAGGUUUAAGUGGUCAUAAUAAAUUUUGUGUAUCGGUAACUUUAAGGUAAAACAGGUCAUCUGUUUCUGAUCAUGAUGAAUAAUAAGCAUGUCUGGUAGAUGAGUUCUGUGACAGUGCUGCCACACUGUCAUGACGGUGAGAUUUGUAACCGAAAACUGAAAUGGCUGCAAAUAUUUCGGGUUUAUGAAAAUGUAAAUAAUCGGUCAAGAGAAAAUGAUAUUAUUUCCUCUUGGUUCGGUCAACAUGGAACUAAAAACUUUAGAAUGUCUGAAGAUAUUAAUGGAGAGAGAUUUUGAAAUGGCAGACCAUUUUAUUAUGGGGUCAACUUUUAAAUGAAUUUUAAAUGCAACAACUUAAAGUGCCUUGUUUUAUGCAUUUAACUUCUUCAGUGUUGACUAGGAAUAUAGUUUUAAGAAUACUUUUGUAGAUAUUGAGUAUUUCUGUCGCUGUAUAUGUUUACACAAUAGGUCAAUGGUUGUUGGGGUGUAGAAGUUAGCAUCUUCAGCAAAAGCCAAGGGUCUUUUUUAUGAUGUUGUAAGCAAAUGUACAUGAACUGUUUGGUGUUGGAAAUAUCUUAGCUUCAUAGUCUACUUUGAAUUCAUUGCAAUGACUUUGGUGAAGAGUAUUAUUUUUAAGAUGAAGUAUUGAGAUAAUUUUCGAUCAUCAUUGAUUUGGUUACGCACACUUUGUAAACCCUGCCCUUUUCAAAUUGAUAGUGUCGGUCCAAACAUGCAUUGUGUAACGUUUACAGAUUUAAGCACAAAGUUUUAGGAAAGUUUUUGGAAAAUUUGAGGGAAAAUAUACUUUUCCGAGUUUAUUGAAAUGUUGUAUUUGAAAUUUUAGAUAAGUGAAAAGUUCUUGUUAGGAAUGGGUAUGGUUUUGGAUAUUUAGAUGAGAUGAGCAAAGGUAGCAAACCUUUCUCUGAUGCCUGAAUGAUUCGGUUGUGUUAUUCUUACAGUCUGUCCCAAAAACGUGUUGCUUCAUACCUUUGUGUAAGAAUACAUCUCAAAAAUGAACCUUUGGCUUGUUUUCAAAGUCCAAAGUAGCCCAGCAUUAUAUACAUGUAUAUGCUCCAAUUUUGAGAUGGAAGUCGACAGAACAUCAGAUGAGACUACUUGAACUUUUUGACCCAAUUCUGAAGACUCUCAACUGAUUCACGCAGCCUGCAUAGCUGAAUCUCCGUCAAGUCCAGAGCAUGUAUUUGUAUGAGAGGAGGGAACUGGGUCACCCACAGAAAUGAAUUGAAUGGCGCUUUUUUGGGUUAGACUACAUGUGCACUCCAGCUCACCUCAAGUGUACAUUUUGUGUUGGCAUUUUGGAUCAACUUGAGUUGGGCCAGAGUAUGCUUUCAGCUUUCAUAAUUAUGUAAGAGAUCAACUCAAAACUGUCUUUUCUACCUUCUUCUUGCCAUUGACCACUUAUUUUAAGUUGGACAAGUUCAUAGGAUAUGUAUACAUAGCAGGUUUAAUUUUACAAAAUAAAAAUUUCUCAAUUGA